AUGGCGGUGAGACAAGAGAAUGCAUCGGUGAGACGCGCAUAUCUUUCUGGCAAACUAUUAGCGGUGAUGACUUAUUUUGAAAAAAAAGUCGUGACUAUGUCUUCAGUGAGAAAAAGUGAAUUUUUUUACGUCCAUGUCGUGAUAACAACAAAAGUUAAAAAAUCCAGAGCCAAUUCUCAGAAAACAAAGCAAGGUAUCAAAGUGGGUGAAAAGCAGAGUUGUGAGACGAGACUUACUUUGGUACAAAGGUCGUGUUUCUUUCAACAAUCUCGACUACUUCUUUGUGCCUACUUUUUCGAAAUAAUGGUGGAAAAAAGCAAGGUGUCACAGCAGGGUCUGAACAAGCAAACCCGGUGUGGUAUUUUGCUAAAAAAAAAAUCGGGAGUGUAUCUACUUCCAAGGCGCUGGUAG